AUGGGUAAAGGUGGUGGCGGCGGUGGUGGUCGUAGAAGAGCAAUGGAAAGAAGAGAAAUGAAAAUAAGAGAAAGAGAAUUAAGUUUAGAAAGAAGAAAACAGAAACAAAAUCAAAAACGAUAUUACAAUGAUUACGAUGAUUACGAUAAUUAUGAUUAUAAUUAUGACAGAAAACGUCGAAGACAAAGAGGUAAUUUAAUAGUUAAUAAUAAUUAAUAUUUAACCUUUAUAAUGAUACAAAUAAUUACUUCUUAUAGGUGGUAUUGUUGCCGGUGAGCGAGAGUUAGCACAACGACAAUUGCGGGAUAACAUCACCUAUAGUGCCUGGGCUAACAAAAAAAAAGGCAGUACAAAAUGUUCGGGUAGAAAAAAACAGAAUUUCUCACAAUAUCUGUUAAUAUUUUAUUCAUCUAUUGUAAAUUCGGGUGCUAUAACAGCAUCUGUACUAGCAUCACAAAAUAAAUGCUUACAUAUCAACCUUAAUCUACCGUAUGUGUUUUUACUAUCAUAUUUUAAAAUUCCAUAA